AUGCUGGGCUUCGUUAGCUCGACAGCGGGAGUCUGGAUACAUCAGCAUACCCGCUGUGCUCCUACUAGCUGGCUGUGCGGCGGAACUCGCUUGAAUUCGCCCAGCUGUCGACGACACCGAACCGAGCGCUCUCCGGGUAUCAUGACGCUGGGGGCAAGUCUUGAGGGCGAGCUUGCUACAGUUGUUGGUGCUGGCCGUAUCGGAACGUUGCUGGCAAGCGCGAAAGGAGAUGAGCUGGCUCCGGUACGUCUCUUACGAAGACAGGACAGCAUCGAGGGCGGGAGAAAAGGUCCCAUUUACGUCUGCACCCGCAACGAUGACCUGGCGGAAGUAGUGGCCAAGUGUCCGCCAGUGCGUCGUGGCGACCUUGUUUUUCUGCAGAACGGCAUGUUACGUUCUUUUCUGCUUGAGCACAACCUGGAACACGCUACGCAGGCACUCGUGUUCUUUGCGGUGCCUCGCGUUGGAGACCCGCCCGCAGACGGCGGUGGAACGGUGGUCUGGGGCCCCUGGGCCGCUGCGUUUGCGGCUCGUGUGCGCAGCUGCGGCUGCCAGUGCACGGUACUCGAAGAUAAACAGGAAUUCGACUGCCGCAUGAUAGAGAAACUGUUAUGGAUUUGCAUCUUUGGGGUAUUGAGCGAAAGUCAAAACGGCAUGCCUGUCGGUGAGAUCGCAGAAAAGCAGCCUGACCGCGUCCGACAACUCGUUGACGAACUCGCUCCAAUCGCGGAACGCGAGGUCGGGCUUGAAGGCAAGCAUGCACUAGAUCGGGGGCAGCUCUUGCAGUCUCUGCUCGAUUAUUCGAAGAAAAUCCCUGAUUUCGUUGCUGGAUUCAAGGAAUAUCGAUGGCGAAACGGAUGGUUCAUUGAGCGCCAGCGAACGCCGCUGCACUGGGAACUCGUAGAGAGGUGCCGUCAGCGCGCUGCGAAACCAUCGUGA